GACAGUUGGAGGUGACGGUGGAGGAGACUCCUCUGUUUUCCGGACACAAUCAAGAGAAAUUUACUAGUUUCCUUGAGACAUUCUUCGACCAAAAAUGAGUUUUCCGUCGGAUUUCUUCCUUACCGGGAAUGGUUUUAACGCCGUGACGGUUUGAAUGAUCCUCCGGCUUCACAGCAGAUCAUUUUCGUCCCAACAUGGAAAAAGCUCUUCUUCCGGGCCCCACUGACAUCGUCAUGUCAACUCCCACGGGUCCCUACCAGCAGGAGCCCCUGACUCCACCCAGACCCACCCACCAUCACUCCUCCUCCUCUUCGUUGUCCUCCUCUUCCUCCUCUACCUCCUCACCCCUCAAGCCCAACCAGGUCGGCCAGGUUGUCCUGUACGGUGUUCCCAUUGUGUCUCUGGUCAUCGAUAACACUGAGAGACUUUGCCUGGCGCAGAUCUCCAACACACUACUGAAGAACUACAGUUACAAUGAGAUUCACAACCGUCGUGUGGCGUUGGGCAUCACCUGCGUCCAGUGCACUCCCGUUCAGCUCGAGAUCCUCCGUCGGGCCGGCGCCAUGCCCAUCUCAUCCCGUCGCUGCGGCAUGAUCACCAAGCGUGAAGCCGAGCGCCUCUGUAAGUCCUUCCUUGGAGAGAAUUCACCACCCAAACUACCUGAUAACUUUGCUUUCGAUGUGUCACACGAGUGUGCUUGGGGUUGCCGUGGUAACUUCAUCCCGGCGCGCUACAACAGCUCCAGGGCCAAGUGCAUCAAGUGCUCCUACUGCAACAUGUACUUCUCUCCAAACAAAUUCAUUUUCCACUCCCACCGCACCCCAGAUGCCAAGUACACCCAGCCCGAUGCAGCCAACUUCAACUCCUGGCGACGACACCUGAAGCUGUCUGAAAAAAUACCUCCUGAUGAUUUAGUUUUUGCGUGGGAAGACGUCAAAGCAAUGUUCAAUGGAGGCAGCCGGAAGAGGGGGCUGCCCUCUGCGCCUCAGUGCCCCUCCAUGGGCCCGGUGAAGACUCUUCCAGGUUCCGUUAUGUCUCACAUGAUGGGAUCUGAUCUGGGUGCACAGAAAAGAGCCCGCUUUGACGAUGAUGAGGAACUGGACGGGGGCAGUCUCUCUCCCCGCAAGACGCCACGAAGCUACCCCGUCAUCCCCGUCCCAAGUAAAGGCUUCGGCAUGCUGCAAAAGUUUCCUCCAACCUCUCUUUUCCCAUCUCCCUACUCCUUCCCAGCAUUUGGGCUCUGCCAGCAGAAAAAAGAGGACAGUGAUAUUUCACCUGGGCAGAAAGGGGCAGGGCUGUCGGGUCUUCUUUGGCCAGGCCGCAAAGACACUUUCUACCCUCCUUUCUGCAUGUUUUGGCCCCCCAGAGCAGCAGGAGGGAUCCCUGUACCCACCUACCUCCAGCCCCAACCCAGCGCACUCUCCUCCCUGGCAGACAACCCCUCUCUGAGGCAGGCCUUCCUGGAUCUCUCAGACCCGACUGAGCCUGGCACUGUAGCCACCACUGGAAAUGGCAUCAGUGCAACCAUGGGGGGCAGCAGCGGGACGACCACCACCAGAUCUGGGCUGUUUGACCCAGAGUGUCCGACAGUCACCCCUGACCUCCGCCCUGUGACAUCAGAAGGCUGGCUGAAGCUACUGGACACCCCAACCCUACAAGCCCGGAAGCCCAGCUACGGCUCCGCCUUCCGCCCCGUCAUCAAGGACGCUGAGAGCAUUGCCAAGCUCCACAGCAACGGGGGAGGAGUCGGCGGGGCAGCAGAAGAGGAGUUUGGGGUUGUAGUCGCUGGGUCAGAACGGCACCAGCGGCUAUCGCCCAGCAGCAGCUGUAGUUAUGGGAGCGAGAGUGGAGGAGAGGGAGAGGGAGAAGCAGAGGGAGGGGAAAGCGAGGAGGAGGGGGAGGUAGAUGUGGAGUCGUCGAGGCAGGAGGAGGAAGAGGAGGGGGGAAGCUUUGCGAGCAGGCCACCACAGACUCAAACCAACCUGUACCUCCCCGCGCUCAGUGACAGCGCUGGAGAGGAGAGGGGGAAGGAGAGGGGGAGUGGCAGCGUGUAUCCCAGCACCUCCCCUCCCUCCUCCUCAGACCCCGUCCAGCAGGAGUCCCCCAGCCUGCCUGCUUCCCCUCCUGCCAGCCUGCCUCUCUCCAGCUCCACCCCGCCUCACCGAGAGGACCCAGCUUACAAAAACGUCCAUAAAAGCAGGAAUGAAGGACUACCUGCCUACGCAACCAAAGAAAACUCCAGUAUUUCUGAUGAAAACAAAGAGCAGAAUAGUUUCUUUGUGUCAGAAAAUGAGUCCUCAGCACCCGACUACUGGAGGGAGAGUUCAGGUGAUCAAAGCCAAGGCGCCUCCUCUCCUGUCCCACUGAAGAAGGAUGUUGAGAACAUGGAGAAAGAGGAGCUCCAGAAGGUUCUCCUGGAGCAGAUAGACUUCAGGAGGAGACUGGAGCAGGAGUUUCAUGCUCUGAAGGGAACAUCCCCCUUUCCCGUCUUCCACAAUUUCCAAGACCAGAUGAAAAGAGAGCUCGCCUACAGAGAAGAGAUGGUCCAGCAGUUACAGAUGAUUCCCUACGCAAACAUUAUUAGAAAAGAGAAGAUUGGCUCCCAUCUCAACAAGUAAAAGGUUCAGAAACCAGGAGCAAGAAUAUCCCAGGAAAGAAAACCACAUGAAAACUGACAGAAAAGGAGAGAUAUACACACAGACAAAGGAAUAUGAACUGUAAAUAUAUAAAUUCCUAAAUUAACAAACCAUGGAGCAAAUUUAAGCUUUCUGGGAACUGUGAUUUUUUUUGGCUGCUACUUCCAUACUGAUCUCAGUUUAUAGCGUUAUGCUCUAACUCUGUCUAGUUAGGACACAUUUGGCCCAGCUCAGACUGAAAAAUGUUUGCCACAGAGUAGCAGUCUGGUCAAAGUUUUAUUUCUAUAAAGACUUAUUCCAAAGGUUUCCCUUCACCGGGUGCAGUAUAUUCCCAUCCAAGUUAACUGGACGGUUACAGAAAGGGACAGAAAAUGGGAGCAGGAGGGAGCUGUGACUUCAAGUGAAACUUCAGGAUCCCGGCUCUGUUCUUACUGCUGCCCUCUGCAGCCAGACUCAAAGCUUUACCCACACAGGACCAAAGUAUCCACGGCUUUUCUUGCCCCCUGCAAACUUUAAUCUUCAAGAGCUAUUGAAGGAGAACGAGAACACAGUCGUAGAUCUGCUUCAGUAAACUAAAACCUUCCCAAGCUCCAGAAAGAGCACAAGAACAGAGACAUAAUUAUCAGACUGUGUGUGUGAUCCACAUGGGUCUGGAUCACAGUAUCACUGCUGUUCACCCAACUGUACAUACACAAGACUCUGGACAAGAUCGUUCCUGUGGCAGCACCAGACGAGAAAUCCCGACCAACAAAUACACAUCGUCAUUGUUUUUGAUCGUCCUCAUCAUGCCCAGCUGUGUUUACUGAUCAAAACAAACUUCCAGAUACACACAAAACAUUGUCAACAUUGUCAAUGCCAAAAUUGGUGAUUUUUUGAUAGUUUCAAACUUGCUAAUAUGGAUGACUGACUUGAAUAUGCCAGAUGAAGAACAAAAAACGGCGGAACAAAGUCCUUUCUUUGUCUGAUGAAGUAGCACAGAGCAUCUUAUGGCUUGGGUUGUAAACGUACAAGGUGCAAUACAAACAGCACUGAUACAGGGUGGUGUUGCAAAAUAGAAGGUUCACUCUUUAUACAAACUACAUAAUCCACACAAACCACAUGAUGCACACACAUUUACUGUAAGAGAUAAAACACAGAUGUUGUGUAUCAUCCUCAUGAGUGCUGCACCUGGUAGCAAAGUGAGUUUUUUAACCUUCAUUUACAGAGGAGGACCUGAGCUGGUGUGGUCUUUAAUAGACAUGCCCCGCCUCAUAUCCAUACUGGAGUCUGCUGUCGCCCACUGACCAGCCGAUUCCGAGGUUACUGGAGGUCAAAUCCUUUGCUCGAGAGCACUUUGACAGGAGCUGGAUGCAUUUUAUUCCCAGAUUUUCCCUGAUUCUGGGAAUCAGAUUCAAAUAAAGAGCAUUUAGGCUACAAUGUGAAAGUUUGUUUCUGUUACUGAUCGCUAAAUCUGCCUUUAAAAUGUGUUUGGGCUUUUGGCAGUAGGUAAAUUGACACUUAAAGGGGCAGUUCCACUUAUUUUUUUCAUCCAGAAGACUGUCUGGGCCACGAGGAACGAAAGACUGUUUUUUUCAGUGUUGUAUAUCUACUUGUACAUUAUUAUACCUCACUGUAUAAAAUGUGUUUGUUUGUCUAUUUAUUUGAGUAUCAGGGUAAAGACCUUGAUUGUGGAAAUAUGAUUUAUUAUCAUGUAAACGUUUAAAAAAAAGAGACAUGAUGAUCAUAAUGAUGGUGACGCUACAGUCAAGUUUAUGUCAGAGAGAUAAAAAAUGAGAACUCAUCCUCCCCUUUGUUCAUAGAAUGAAAUGAAUGGAUAAAUUUGUCAUUUACUGAAAAAAAGAAUAAUGUUAUCAUUAUAAACUGUUAAUGCAAAUGUAUUUAAAUAUGUUCUUGAAGUUUCUCUACUAUUUAUGUGGAUAAAUAAAAAAGUCUAUACAAUAA